AUGGGGGUAGCACUGUUGCGCUGCCGCGAGAAUCAAGUAUGCUCAUACCACAAGCAGGAGGGUCUGGCUCACGACUAGACAGGGGUAGCACCGUCGUGCUUCCAAGGGAAUCCAGCGUACUCAUACCUCCUGCAGGAGGGUCACGACUAGACAGGGGUAGCGCCGUCGUGCUCCCAAGGGAAUCCACCGUACUCAUACCUCCUGCAGGAGAGUCACGACUAGACAGGGGUAGCACCGUCGUGCUUCCAAGGGAAUCCAACGUACUCAUACCUCCUGCAGGAGGGUCACGACUAGACAGGGGUAGCACCGUCGUGCUACCAAGGGAAUCCAACGUACUCAUACCUCCUGCAGGAGAGUCACGACUAGACAGGGGUAGCACCGUCGUGCUACCAAGGGAAUCCAACGUACUCAUACCUCCUGCAGGAGAGUCACGACUAGACAGGGGUAGCACCGUCGUGCUACCAAGGGAAUCCAACGUACUCAUACCUCCUGCAGGAGGGUCACGACUAGACAGGGGUAGCACCGUCGUGCUCCCAAGGGAAUCCAGCGUACUCAUACCUUCUGCAGGAGGGCCACGAGUAGAUCGAGACAGUACCGUUGUGCUACCACGGGAAUCAAGCGCAAUCAUUCCUGGUCCUUCAGAAGCAAAAGGUGGAGGUGGAAGCGCAGGAGAAGGGUCAGGCCAAAUAAUCCGUGAGAGCACCGUGGUUCUUCCAAGAGGCUUCAGCACGAUCAUACCUCGGCCGUCAGGACUACAGCAAGUUGACGAAGGUAGAACGUUCCCGACCUCUGCUGUUGAAGCUCUUCGUCGCACAGCAGAGAGCAGAGUCAAUCAAAGGCAAGUGUUUCAGGCAGACCAAGAUGCCUCACCGGACCGGCGUAUUAGUUCCGAUGGAGGGCAGCGUGAGGAUGUGAGGAAUUACAAGAGCACAUCAAAGACGAGCAUCGCGACGCGCGGAGUGUCUGCUUUUUCGGGAGGAGGAGAUCGAGCAGACUACAGCUAUUAUAGUAGAGGAUCUGGCUCCACCGCAGGAUCACUUGUCAGAAAUGUCAACGAUCGCGUUGAAGAGUUGCUACAAGAGAUUGGAGUCACGUUAGGAGUGCCUUCCUCUGCUCAGGCCCAUCCUGGAGAGAAUAUUCCUUUUACGAAUCACGUUCAUGAGCCGCCGCAGCUGGGAAGUGUUGUUUGCAAUCCAGAGGGCAGAAAGUCGAAAUCUCCCGGUUCGGAUCUGCAAGACAUUUUCGUGUCACGACCAUCGGAUUACGUUUUGCAGCCCUCUGAUUACGUGAGGUCCUCCACCAGAUAUGCAUCAACAAGUAAGGGCCAGCAAUUAGAUGCCCCGCAACUUGGUCAGGUUCGAGACCAAGAUCGAGAUAAUGCUGGUAGUGUUUUUCCGCCUGGAGUUCAUGCAUCAUCUUCUCCUUCGUUCAGCACAACUGCACAGCCUCAUAAUAUGGUUCCGAGUGCUGGCACUGUUGCAUCCACAGAUCCCAGGAGCGUUGUCGUACCCGUAGAACAAAGGGCAGACGCGAAGAAGAGAACAUCCUCUCUGCAUCCGCAGCAUGAAGCUGGAGGGUCUUCGUCUUCAGUGAUCUCACAGGAUUUGGCGGCAGCCCAUAAGAUGAAAGGUGAGCAGCAACCUGCUUAUGCUUUGCAGCUUUCUGGGCCCUUGAGAGAGGUCGAUCAACAGCCCUCACAGCAGCCUAGGACGGUCAUCGAAGAACCUGUCUCACCUAUGUCAACUGCUCGGAGCGGAUGGCAAUGGGAACCAGCGUACAUCCUGCGUCGUUGGAGCCCAGGCGGAACAAGCAGCGGCGAUUUUCGGUAGUCUAGUUUUUGAACGCAUAGUCUUUGGUUUGAUCUUCGACUUCGUGCAUCAAUAUGUAUAGGACGAGCGCCAUGAAAAUGUCUAGUAGUAACUACUACGAUCUUGUCGUCAUGAUCAGUUUCAGUUCGGAGGCAUUCUAAUUCACCUCCUCUCGAGGACAGACAGUUUUCCAGUGAUGUUUGUUUUUGUCCGUCGGGUUGACGGUAAUCAAUCCGCGAGCUUGGAUAUGCACUAAAAUUGUGCAAAUCAGGAUCGUGAGUGCGACUACUGGCGGCCUAGUCACCCACCCUGGUUUUUUGGAAACCCAUUUUCCAUCCGCUCUACCCGUGUUUGCGAGAGAUGAAGAUGACGAUGUGCUUGCGGCCCCUUCUCUGCAGCCGGAGCGAUUCGUACACCAACAAAUGGCAAGUGUUGCGCAACGAAAGGGCGACCGGUUGUCGGGUAACGCCUCCACGGCUCAGAGCAAGACAUGUGUGAACAGCGCAGCAACCAGCUUGAUGUCUCCAAUACCGCGUUCCCUACAGCAGGCACGAGAUGCGGUGAAGAGUUCGCGCGCUCCGGCUGCAGGGGGUGGCAGUAGUGAAGACGUGGCUUCAGGCAUUGGGUCAAUACAGCAGGAAUCUGCGGUGGAGGCUGAUGCGGUACCGGUGGUAGAUCACUACACCAUCCAUGAACGAGGGGGAGACGCUGCGACGCAGAACAUUGUCUUCAAUAUGAAUAGAGUCCGACCACGGACGAGUGAUCGCGAUGAUGUGCAAGACCGUCUCUUCUCUCCGAGACGGCGAGAGGAUCAUCUUUCAUCACGAAUGACCGCUUCUGCAGCGGCGCGCAUGAAGUCUACAGCCAUGCGGCAGGAGCAACGACGGGAAACCAGUAAUGACAGUGCACGGGGAAAACGCGUAGCGCCGACGUGGUCGAAUUCUACAAAGGUGAUGACAGGAGUAAUCAACAGCCACACGCCGAUGCCGAUCGGUGGCACGAGUCCGCGAGGAUCCUCGAGGAGCGGACAAGAGGAAGGAGGCUUGAGCAAUAGUAAUGGUGGGGGAUUCACACCGCGGCAGCAGCGCUCCUUGGCUGUGCAACUCGAGUUGGAAAAACGCCGAUCCCUACUGCGUGAACGGCGCGAAUCGAGGGGAGCUGAAGCCAACGCCAAGGCAAGCAGUAAACGUCAGAACGCGCGGAGAAAUGGUAGAAACUUGCCAUCUUCUCGAAGACCUGCUGGUAGUGGGCCUACUAGUUCGACUGUUUCCGCUGUCUUCAACACAGGCACCAACAAACCGUCUAGUACUAGGAGAAAAGACAGGAACGCAAGGGAGGGGACGAAUGCACUGAGCGAGAUUACCUCUCAGCAGCCAAUGACCACAGCCUCCACUAUUUUGAUGAAGGGUGGAGCUGCUUCGAGUGCGGCCCCUCCGAACAAUCGGAUGGAGAGAGGUGGCACGCGACAACUAGCAGAGGAAGAGAUUAAUCAGGGUCAACGCCAAGAGGCGCAGCGGGGAGAUGGGACACAGGGAGCGGGCAUCAUAUCGAUGUCUCUUCCUGCCGAACGACCCAUGAGCAAGCAGUCAAUCGAGCGGCCCCCGGCAGCGAAGGGAUACUCUGCGCCUGCUGCAGAAUUCAGAAAUUAUGGCUUCGCUCGGUGCGUAUCACUAUCACUUUUCUUCGGGAACCAGACUAGAAGCAACUGCAACUACGUGAUUACAUCAAAACAUCGUGACUUAGGAUCAUGCAUAAAGUGUGAGUGGUCCUACGAGGGCAAGAGGACCCAUAAUACUUGUGUGAAUUUUACACUCAGCUACGCUCCUAUCCCUAAGAUGCGUUCGAACUUGAGAAAUUACAUCCGUUGCCGCAUACAAUCGCGCAAAAGAGCCAAACGCAGAAGCUAUCGAAGCAAGACAGACCGGUGGCUGAGCACAACAUUGAUGACAUGGAGCGCAUUCCAAUCGCGAACACUUCUGGAAGUGGGCUUACCCCUGACGAGAAACAAGUUGCCUCGACCGGCAAUGCGGGGGAUCCAAACUACGAUGUCCUGGACCAACUGCAGAAGACCCCGUUCGACGGCAGAGUCAUUAUCCGCCGUAGCAGGAAAGAGGUUUCGCCGAAUAAGAUUCGCUCUACGGCGCGAAUAACUGCUGCUCCGGUUAUGGUAAUGAAAAACACAAGCAGCCCGAGCAUAAGGUCUGUCGAAUUAUCUGGAGACGAGAUGCAGCGGCCACCUCAUGCGUCAAAAUCUGCAGUAACUGAGGCUGACGACCAUCGGCUCGGAGAAGGCAGCCACAAAAAGCCGCAUGCUGAAAAAACAGUGGCGGCCGCGCGUCUCGAGGAGGAUCUUAGGGAUGCUGCAGCGUACAUGUUUCCUAAUCGAAGUCAGCGCGAGGGCCAACAUGCUGGUGCUGCUGAAGAAGAUCCAGGAGCAUUUCUUGAUGCAGAAUUACCGGGAGCAUCCCCACAGACAGAGCUUCCUUUCUCCCCACCUGCCAUUGUCAUUGAUUCUCCAGAACACCAGACGAUGAAGCUAGAACCGCCACUAGAACUCGCAACGCAUAACCAGAAGCUAGUGCCACAAGAAGAGCUGUCUUGGCGAAAGCAAGGAGAAGCAAAAGAACAGCGACAAAAUCCAUCAACAAAUUACAAUUUCUAUCCAGAAAAGAUUUUGGAGUCGCAUAUGCGUCUACUAGAUCUUCUCGAUGUUGCUGCGAGGGAUGAGGUACAACAGAUCGAAGCCAGAAUCGAUGACCAUGCGGUUGCAAACACAGCACAUCAUGCGAGAAGAUUUAACAGUACCACAAAAGCGAAGAAUAGAAAUAGAGGAAGGAGUCCGUCUGAGAAUGAACUACGUGCAAAACUAGGUGGACGAGGUUCAGGAUCGCAAUUGCUGGCGUCACAAGAUCCAGCUGUCAGUGGUGCUCCAACUGCAGCAGAGUCUCUGGCUGCGUCAGAUGCGACCGUCCCUAGCCUACUCGUCGGUGAUCCUGUGCUCCAGCAAGAGUGGCACAAUUUAGUGAAGGAAGUUCAUGCAUUACAAGCCUCGUGCUCAGUGACAGCCCCAGACCCAGCACCUGCAGCGCAGCUUCCAUCUAACCAGCUCCGAUCAAUAUCAAAAACAAGUAGUAGAGAUGACACGACCAUCGGAGCACCAUCAUCAUCGAAACGCGGCCGUAGCCGUUCACGGUGUACGAAAUCUACCGCUUCGCGCUUUCCCCCGGGGCGCUUCAUACCGCUUGGGGAGAUGAAGGCGUAGACGUAGUGAUCAUGAAAAAUAGCCCGUAGUUCAAGGGAAAUCUUCUGAAAUAAUUACUCUUCUUGGUGUAGGACACGGACAGCAGGAGUUGCUGUUCUUGAUGGCGGGAAUUUUCACCCUGAUUCUUAUAUAUUAAGAUUUUAGAUUUACAUAUUGUCAUACAAAAUCGACAUAGUAAAUGCAAUAUCAACUUCAACUUUAACAUUAAUAGGAUUAUGAUCUUCUGGCUUAUGCGGUGCACAUUAAUAGAAUGUACUAGCACUAGUAGCAUACUCACAAAUUUAGAAAUAGAAUGCAACAUGAGCAUGACAAAUGAUAUUCCUCCUCCAUAUUCAUAAAUAUUAUCGACUUACUACUCUGUUCGCAAUCUUCGAUGCAGCUAUGACAAACAACACAAUCCAUUUUCAAAAUAAGCUAUCAAUACAGUCGUUAUUCCAUUUUCAACAAAAAGGUAGAGGUAAUACUGGAUGCUUAUGUACUAGUUGCAAGUGCUGACUGCAUAGCGAAAUCAAAAUAUUCCACCCCAAUUCCAAGAAAUGACCUAUCCUGUACAGUUUUCUCGGUGAAAUCCAAUGCAAAUUUGUCAUAUUCUUUCAGGAAAAUCGGCGUCCAUCUAUGCAU